UCCUUCACACUCCUGGCUUCCGCGCAGCGCCCUCUGCCUGCACGCGAUCCCGGGGGUAUAUCGCCGGCUGCAAGCACCCCCGUCAGUUAGAUGGAAGCUACGUCGAUGUAACAUCCACUCCUGCUGAAUGAAUUCACGACCUCGUAGUAGAAAUGUGUGUACGGAUGUGUAAUAUUUGCUUUAUUGUGGAUUACAGUGCCAAGAGGGGUUUUCGGCCUUUCAAAUAUCUAUUCACGCUGUAGAAAGAAUGUUUCUCUGCCUUUGAGGAAUCUUUUAAGGUCUGUGUAAAGAAAUCACUAGCAGGGAUUACACAAAAAGUUUCAUUCAAAUAACUAUUCGUUGUUUCUGUAGUUUCAACUUUGAAUAACAGAAAUUUAACAAUGAUCAUCGAAGGUGAAUUCCGGAUGUGUAAUUUUGGAUUAGCUCACAGUGAACCUCACCUGUUCGUUUCAUCUCAGUGGGGCCACCCCCGUCUCUACCUGUCCUGGAGGAUAUUCUGGGCUCUGUUUCAUACAUCCUGGCUGGUCAGUAGCAUGGUGUCACCACUAGGUGGCGCUGUGUGGUUCAUCUACCUCACCAACUGGACCUACCUCCUGCUGACCAUCAGUGCUGUCCUGGACGCAGUCAUCGUCGUGUUCGUCAGGAUCAACAGACAGGAUAUUGUUGAUGGUUUUACAUCCUAUCUACCCUGGUACCUGCAGGUAUCCUGGCUCCUCAACAGUGUCGUCACUGAAGGGAGUUUACACAUCAGCGCCAUCUAUUGGAUUUUUGUUUUCACAGAUCAAAAUCUUACUGUGUUGAGAUUCAUCCUCCACGGUAUGAACUCCAUCUACGUCUUGUGCAAUCUCUUCAUCACUGCCAUGCCAGUUCGUGUGUAUCACGUGAUCUACCCCAUUAUCUAUGGCGUCAUCUACACAGUUUUCAGUGUCGUGUAUCACAUACUUGGUGGGACCAAUGAAAAGGGAGAACCGUAUGUCUACAAGAUUCUUGAUUGGUCCAAACUGAAGCGGACUCUACCUCUUGUGUUUCUGAGUACAUUUGUGGCUCUACCCUGUUUGUAUUUAGUUGUUUUCUUUCUUCACAAACUGAGGAUAUACCUGAGAUCGCAAUGCCUCCAUGACAACGGUGAUAUGAGCAUCUUGGACUUGUCCAACGAACGAACUGACAGUGAAUGUGCACGCGUGUGAACGUAUAACAUGUUUUGUCUCUCAGACAAAACUGGAAUAAUGUGAGAUAGUGGUAAAGACAAUGGAGCAAACACACUAUUAUUUCGAACGAUUGUUUAACAUCAUGUAGUCUCGCGAACAGAUAAUUGUCAUCACUGAUUGCCAGUUACAUCACGUUGACCCCAUGAUCACCCAAAGGAGUCUGUUCCGGUAGGCAGUCGAGACUCGGUUUUCCCUGGCGUUGACAUCAAGCCUAUCACCUUAUCUAUACCAAGGGGCAUUCAUUAAGAGAACCCUUUGUGUGCGUUAAACGAGGACCAUUAUUCAAUGGUAAGCUACAUAUAUAUGUACACAUCCAUGAAAAUAGCACUGCCCAGAUGCGGUGCUUGCAGUUGGUCAGUUUUAUACAAGGUCACGUGGUUUUCAUGGAGGUUAUAGUUUAUGAUGUGUUUCAUUUUGACAAUGCGAAUAAAUUAAGUUUUUGUUAUA